CGCGAGAUCAGCAGCCUGCACGGUGCGGGCGUGCUCAGCUCGCAGCUGCUGCCAGCAGGCCACCGCGGCGCCGUACAGAGGUGAGGAGAGAAAGUUACAUUGCCUCAAAAGGGUUACCGAGUGUUCGGCUUCUUGGCUGGCACACGUUGAAGACUUCGAGUCCAAGGAGUGUAUAAGCUGCUUUGCCGUCGCGCAGAAAUACCCACCCUCCUUCUCGCGCCCACCACGUUCGGAGGAUGGGAGGACGACAGACCGCAACUGCUGCUGCUGGCACCAGCGCGACCGCGACUCGUACCCCGAGCUGGCCGAUUCGGAUGCUACGUUUCGCCUUUCUUCUGCUCCUCGGGGCGCAGCCUGUCCUCUGCUUGGACAAUGGCCUUGCCAGGACGCCGCCCAUGGGAUGGCUGGCGUGGGAGCGUUUCCAGUGCAACAUCGACUGCAGCCGGGAACCGGAGAACUGCAUCAGUGAACGGCUGUUCAAGGAGAUGGCCGAAGCCCUCGUGUAUGAGGGAUAUCGGGACGUCGGCUACGAGUACGUGAACAUUGACGACUGCUGGAUGGAUAAGGAACGUGACGUAGUCGGUAGGCUGCAAGCUAACGUCACCCGAUUCCCCAACGGCAUCAAACACCUUGCAGAUUUCAUGCACGCUCGCGGCCUGAAGCUGGGAAUCUACGGCAACGUAGGAACCAAGACUUGCGCAGGCUACGCCGGCAGCUUAGGUAACCUGUACACGGACGCCCAGACUUUCGCCGAUUGGGAGGUGGACAUGGUGAAGAUGGAUGGCUGCUUCGCCAGUAUCCAGGACUACCCGAUGCUGUACACGGAUUUCGGCGAUGCUAUCAACCGGACUGGACGACCGAUGGUCUACUCGUGCAGUUGGCCUGCCUAUGAAGUCUCGUAUGGAGCUAGCCCAAACUACAAGCUGAUCGGCCACCACUGCAACCUGUGGAGGAACUACGUGGACAUAGCCGAUACUUGGCAGAGCGUGGAAAGUGUCAUCGACUAUUAUGCCGCGAACCAAAACGCACUGACCGCAGCAGCUGCCCCGGGACGCUGGAACGACCCGGACAUGUUGGUGAUCGGCAACUUCGGUUUGAGCUACGACCAGAGCAGGGCACAGAUGGCCAUCUGGGCCAUAAUUGCCGCUCCUCUACUCAUGUCCAACGAUCUGCGCCGUAUGCGGCCCGAAUUCAAGCAGAUCUUGCAGAACAGAGCCAUUAUUGCUGUGAACCAGGAUCCUCUCGGCAUUAUGGGAAGGAAAAUAAGAGUGGAAGACGGUGUUGAGACGUGGAUCCGCCCGGUGACCCCCGUGGUGGGCGCGUCUGGCUACUCGUACGCGGUGGUGUUCUUCAAUAGAAACAUCAUGGGCACUACUCGAGAACACAUCACGCAGCUCAGAACACUGGGCCUUUUCCAUCCGCUCGGGUACCGCGUGACCGACCUCUUCGAGAACAGGUUUGCGGGCGUGUACUUCCCCGACGAUUACCUUGCGGUGCGAGUCAACCCCGCGGGUGGGGUCACCAUGGUGAAGGCGGAGGCUGUGGCACCAGCGCCUCCCUUGCACAGGCCGUUUUCAACGCCGCUCCCGAGGUUUCCUCAGCGACCGGAGCUACCUGUGCCAGGCAACGCAGUGACGGGCCGCAACGCACCGCUCAUACCGACACUCGCCCCUCAGAGUACCGCAAACGGUAUCGGCGUCCCGUUCGAUUACAUCGUGGGCACUGAAGGCUUGAGGCAGAGACUCCGCGUUCGCACACUGAGGAGCACACCAUCCCCAAGAAGAAGGCCCCCAUUGUCGGCGUAGAGACCUUUCUUUGGGGGGCGUGCGCAUGAUCUCCUGGACAUUGCCGCAGUAACGAAAGACAGUGACACCCACGUACUGCCCAGCUGACUUCUACAGAGUGUGCAGUGGCACGAGUCAAUGAAAAAAAAUUUUGUCGUGACGGCUUGGUGAAAACCGGGGAUAAACGGUGACCGAUAAUUGUUGCGAACGUAUGACCUCUGUAAAGCAUUGCUUGAUUCGGUUUUUUCUUUUUUUUCUGUAAUCUGCCUGGUUUCCUGUUAGUAAUCGCACUUAGGUUGAAGAUACGUUUAAAGUUUGAAAUUGACGAAAUUUCGGUAUACGAACGAUGCGAUGUAAUGCGCUUUGAUUCUAGUCGCCUUUAUCUUGAACGGACAGCUACACAUAAGUAUGUAUAGGAGUAAGCGCGAGAACAUAAACAUCAAGUGGUGUUCAGUCUUAAUAUGUAGCGUUCUGUACUCUACUUGCAAAUGUCGCAAACAGCCGUUUAUAGAAUGGUUACGAUUAUUUACUCUGUUCUGUUUUUGAUGCUUGACAGGAUAAACCCAUCAAGCACGUAUACAAAAGCAACAGAACGUGGAAAUUUCACAAGUGGUAGCUCUUAAUUCAACGUUGUGUAGCGAUGCCGCUACAUGCUUUGUUGACAGAAUACUCGAAAUUACUCUACAACAGAGUUCACGCAGAUAAAUAAAUCGCGGCCGCCUGAAGUCUCCUGACAAUGAUAGUUGACUGCAUCACUAGUUGUAUGAAGCGCAUGGAGUUUGUUUCUACGAAAAUUUAUCCUUAGUAUCAUAUUUUUGUUAAUUCUUCCCACUGAGGACACAUCCAAUCGGAUGUGGUAUGCUUUUUAUAAGAAUGGACCAAGAACACGUUUUUUUUUUUUUACAAACCCUGCACUCCCUGUUUUCGUUGAUAAGUUUUUUUUUACAUUGUUGUUUCAAUUUCGAGGAGCAGCUGGCUGCUCUUAUGCCAGUCUUUAAUGCCAAGUAGAUUUCUUUCUUUUCAUGUAAUAAAAUACGCGAAUCAACUGUUAA